ACCCCGCCCCAUUCCCUGUCUAAGGCGUGAGGCUACGAGCGUUCGGUUGUGGCUGCUUCUCUUGACUGCGACGGCUUGUAGUUAUGGGGCAGGAGCCGCGGACGCUGCCGCCCUCCCCCAACUGGUACUGCGCCCGCUGCAGCGAUGCCGUGCCCGGGGGCCUCUUUGGCUUCGCCGCGCGGACGUCCGUCUUCCUUGUCCGCGUGGGCCCGGGCGCAGGCGAGAGUCCUGGGACACCCCCGUUUCGAGUCAUAGGAGAAUUGGUGGGACACACCGAAAGGGUCUCCGGCUUCACAUUUUCUCAUCACCCUGGUCAGUACAACCUCUGUGCCACCAGCUCCGACGAUGGAACUGUGAAAAUAUGGGAUGUAGAGACAAAAACAGUUGUGACAGAACAUGCACUCCAUCAGCAUACAAUAUCAACAUUACAUUGGUCUCCUCGAGUAAAGGACUUAAUAGUAUCUGGGGAUGAAAAAGGAGUAGUUUUUUGUUACUGGCUUAACAGAAAUGACAGCCAGCACCUCUUUAUAGAACCUAGAACAAUUUUCUGUCUUACUUGUUCACCUCAUCAUGAAGAUUUAGUAGCCAUUGGCUACAAGGAUGGCAUAGUGGUGAUAAUUGACAUCAGUAAGAAAGGAGAAGUUAUUCAUAGGCUUCGAGGCCAUGAUGAUGAAAUCCACUCCAUAGCCUGGUGUCCCCUGCCUGGUGAAGAUUGUUUAUCUAUAAACCAAGAGGAAACUUCAGAAGAAGCUGAAAUUACCAAUGGGAAUGCUGUGGCACAAGCUCCAGUAACAAAAGGCUGCUACUUAGCCACUGGAAGCAAAGAUCAAACCAUUCGAAUCUGGAACUGUUCUAGAGGCCGAGGGGUGAUGAUUUUGAAAUUGCCCUUUCUGAAGAGAAGAGGAGGGGGUAUAGACCCAACUGUUAAAGAGCGCCUUUGGUUGACACUCCAUUGGCCCAGCAAUCAGCCAACACAGCUGGUAUCUAGCUGUUUUGGAGGUGAACUGUUGCAAUGGGAUCUCACUCAAUCUUGGAGACGGAAAUACACCCUCUUCAGUGCCUCAUCAGAAGGGCAAAAUCAUUCAAGAAUUGUGUUUAAUUUAUGUCCUUUACAAACAGAGGAUGACAAACAGCUAUUACUUUCCACAUCAAUGGAUAGAGAUGUAAAAUGCUGGGACAUGGCCACCCUGGAGUGCUGUUGGACCCUGCCUUCCCUUGGUGGGUUUGCAUACAGCCUGGCUUUCUCUUCUGUGGACGUAGGCUCUUUGGCCAUAGGUGUUGGGGAUGGCAUGAUCCGUGUAUGGAAUACACUCUCCAUAAAGAACAACUAUGAUGUGAAACAUUUUUGGCAAGGUGUCAAGUCCAAGGUUACAGCGCUGUGCUGGCACCCAACCAAGGAAGGUUGCUUAGCUUUUGGAACUGAUGAUGGAAAAGUGGGAUUGUAUGACACCUACUCCAACAAGCCUCCACAGAUUUCUAGCACAUAUCAUAAGAAGACUGUAUAUACUUUAGCCUGGGGGCCACCAGUACCCCCCAUGUCACUUGGAGAAGGAGACAGACCUUCCCUUGCUUUAUACAGCUGUGGAGGAGAAGGGAUUGUCUUACAGCAUAACCCCUGGAAGCUUAGUGGAGAAGCCUUUGACAUCAACAAACUCAUCAGGGACACCAAUUCAAUCAAAUACAAAUUGCCUGUACACACAGAGAUAAGUUGGAAAGCAGAUGGCAAAAUCAUGGCUCUUGGCAAUGAAGAUGGAUCAAUAGAAAUAUUUCAGGUUCCCAACCUGAAACUGAUCUGUACUAUCCAACAACAUCACAAGCUUGUGAAUACCAUUAGCUGGCAUCAUGAGCAUGGCAGCCAGCCAGAGCUGAGCUAUCUGAUGGCCUCUGGCUCCAACAAUGCAGUCAUUUAUGUGCACAACCUGAAGACUGUCAUAGAGAGCAGCCCUGAGUCUCCAGUGACCAUUACGGAGCCCUACCGCACCCUCUCAGGGCAUACGGCCAAGAUUACCAGUGUGGCGUGGAGCCCACAUCAUGAUGGAAGGCUGGUGUCUGCUUCCUAUGAUGGUACAGCCCAGGUGUGGGAUGCUCUCCGGGAAGAGCCCCUGUGCAAUUUCCGAGGACAUCGAGGUCGACUGCUUUGUGUGACGUGGUCUCCUUUGGAUCCAGACUGCAUCUAUUCAGGGGCAGAUGACUUUUGUGUGCACAAGUGGCUCACUUCCAUGCAAGAUCAUUCCCGGCCUCCUCAAGGCAAAAAAAGUAUUGAAUUAGAGAAAAAACGGCUCUCUCAACCUAAGCCAAAGCCCAAAAAGAAGAAAAAGCCCACCUUGAGAACUCCUGUAAAGCUGGAAUCGAUUGAUGGAAAUGAAGAAGAGAGCAUGAAGGAGAACUUGGGACCUGUGGAGAAUGGUGUGUCAGACCAAGAAGGGGAGGAGGAAGCACGGGAGCCGGAAUUACCCUGCGGCCUCGCUCCAGCGGUUUCUAGAGAACCAGUUAUCAGAGAACCAGUUAUCUGCACUCCGGUUUCCUCAGGCUUUGAAAAGUCAAAAGUCACCAUUAAUAACAAAGUCAUUUUACUGAAAAAGGAGCCACCAAAAGAGAAGCCAGAAGCCUUAAUCAAGAAGAGAAAAGCUCGUUCCUUGCUUCCCCUGAGUACAAGCCUGGACCACAGAUCCAAAGAGGAGCUUCAUCAGGACUGUUUGGUACUAGCAACUGCAAAGCACUCCAAAGAACCGAAUGAAGAUGUGUCUGCUGAUCUUGAGGAAAGAUUUCAUCUGGGGCUUUUCACAGACAGGGCUACGCUGUACAGAAUGAUUGAUAUAGAAGGAAAAGGUCACUUAGAAAAUGGCCACCCUGAGUUAUUUCACCAGCUUAUGCUUUGGAAAGGAGAUCUCAAAGGUGUUCUCCAAACCGCAGCGGAAAGAGGGGAGCUGACAGACAACCUUGUGGCUAUGGCACCAGCGGCUGGCUACCAUGUGUGGCUAUGGGCUGUGGAAGCUUUUGCCAAACAGCUGUGUUUUCAGGAUCAGUAUGUCAAGGCUGCUUCUCACCUACUUUCCAUCCACAAAGUGUAUGAAGCUGUGGAGCUGCUCAAGUCAAACCAUUUUUACAGGGAAGCUAUUGCAAUUGCCAAGGCCCGGCUGCGCCCAGAGGACCCAGUCCUGAAGGACUUGUACCUCAGCUGGGGAACCGUCCUAGAAAGAGAUGGCCAUUAUGCUGUCGCAGCCAAAUGCUAUUUAGGGGCCACUUGUGCUUAUGAUGCAGCCAAAGUUUUGGCCAAAAAGGGGGAUGCAGCAUCACUUAGAACGGCUGCAGAGUUGGCUGCCAUCAUAGGAGAGGAUGAGUUGUCUGCUUCCCUGGCGCUCAGAUGUGCCCAAGAGCUGCUUCUGGCCAACAACUGGGUGGGAGCCCAGGAAGCCCUACAGCUGCAUGAAAGUCUACAGGGUCAGAGAUUGGUGUUUUGCCUUCUGGAGCUGCUGUCCCGGCAUCUGGAGGAAAAGCGGUUUUCAGAGGGCAAAAGCUCCUCCUCUUACCACACUUGGACCACGGGCACAGAAGGGCCUUUCGUGGAGAGGGUGACUGCAGUGUGGAAGAGCAUCUUCAGCGUUGACACCCCUGAGCAGUAUCAGGAAGCCUUUCAGAAGCUGCAGAAUAUCAAGUACCCAUCUGCUACAAAUAACACGCCUGCCAAACAGCUCCUGCUUCACAUUUGCCAUGACUUGACCCUGGCAGUGCUGAGCCAGCAGAUGGCCUCCUGGGACGAGGCUGUGCAGGCGCUCCUUCAGGCAGUGGUCCGGAGCUAUGACUCGGGGAGCUUCACCAUCAUGCAGGAAGUGUACUCAGCCUUUCUUCCUGACGGAUGUGACCACCUAAGAGACAAAUUGGGUGACCGUCAAUCCCCUGCCAUGCCAGCUUUCAAAAGUCUAGAGGCCUUUUUUCUUUAUGGGCGUCUGUAUGAAUUCUGGUGGUCUCUCUCUAGGCCUUGCCCAAAUUCCAGUGUCUGGGUAGGGACUGGUCACAGAACACUCUGUGUUGAGCCAAGCCAGCAGUUAGACACUGCCAGCACUGAAGAAACUGACCCUGAAACUUCUCAGCCAGAGCCAAACAGACCCUCGGAACUAGACUUGAGACUCACAGAAGAAGGUGAGCGAAUACUGAGUACUUUUAAGGAGCUCUUUUCAGAAAAGCAUGCCAGUCUCCAAAACUCACAGAGAACUGUUGCUGAAGUCCAAGAGACCUUGGCAGAAAUGAUCCGCCAGCACCAGAGGAGUCAACUCUGUAAAUCCACAGCAAAUGGUCCUGAUAAGAAUGAACUGGAAGUAGAAGCAGAGCAGCCCCUCUCCAGUUCUCAGAGCCAGUGUAAAGAAGAAAAAAAUGAGCCACUUUCUCUGCCUGAAUUAACCAAAAGGCUUACAGAGGCAAAUGAGAGAAUGGCGAAAUUUCCUGAGAGCAUUAAGGCCUGGCCCUUCCCAGAUGUGCUGGAGUGCUGCCUCGUCCUGCUUCUCAUCAGGUCCCACUUUCCUGGGUGUCUGGCCCAGGAAAUGCAGCAGCAGGCCCUAGAGCUUCUUCAGAAAUACGGCAACACGAAAACUUACAAAAGACACUGCCAGACCUUCUGCACGUGAAUUUUUACACACCUUGAAGAAACUGCCAAAUUGAAAAUGUUUGACACCUUUCACCUCUGCAGUUCCACCUCACCAGACAUUCACUCUGGUCCCUAGCUGUUUUUGCGGUAAUCCAAAUGAAUACAAACGAGGAUUAAGUUUGAAUCAACCCUGCCUACCCACAGACACAGUGGAUCUGACUUUAGACUCAAUUGUGGUCUCCUGCUGGAGGGAAGAUCAUGUAAAGCCCGCAGUAGUUAUUCAGAACUAAUACCUGCAGAGUGUUGGUCAUCUCUACAGCCUUAGGCAGGUUUCAUCCAAAGAGGAGAAACUUCUGUCAUCACCCAAAGUGUUACAUGCUUAAAACACAAGCUACCUUUAUAAAUACUUCAUCUGAUCAGAAAUGUGUCAUGCUUGUUUGAGAUGGAGUUGCUGCAUUUUAGGACUAUUGAUACUUUUUUAAAAUUGUUUUUAUAAUAUUUAAUUUGAAAGCGGAGACCCUUCUCUGUCUCCUCUUUCAUAGAUUGAAGUUUGAAUUUGAAAUAGGCCUUAACCAUCAUGUUGACUCUCCUGUCAGAAUUUUAGGUUGGAAAUUUGGUUUUAUUCUUUUAUGUAAUUGCUUAUUUGAACAGAUCAUUUACUAAAGCUUUAGAAGAAGUGAUUCAAAUGUGUGUUUUCCCUUCAGUUUUAUAACAGAUGGAUCGAUGGCAGUCAAAUAGCUCAGGAAUAAAUUACUGUUCCAAUGGUUUUUAAACUUUCUUGGAUUAUAGGAUCCUUUUGAGAAUCAGAUUAAAGCCAGAGAUACUCUUUGGAGAAAAAUGCAUGUUCCUAAUUUUGCAUAGAUGACCUUUGGAUUUUUGGACUCUGACAGUUGGGACCCUAAAUACUAUUUAAUUGUAAAUCUUUUUUUUUUUCUCCUCCUUGGUUAUUUAAACAGUUGAACAGUGUCAGGAACAGAUGUUUCGGUAAUGUCACAGUUGCUAGGAUGGGAAAAUCACAGUCUGGCAUGCGUGUGGGAAGGAAUACGCCUUUCACAUAAUUGAACUGUUUUAUCUAGGAUUCAUUGUGAAGGCUGUUCUGCUCACGUUUGUAGUUUAUUUUUCAGUUAAUUCCUAGGAUUGGGAUUGGGACAGUAAGAAUGAAAUUCAUUUACAGGGAGUCCCAGGAAGGAAAAUGUUUAAGGCAGUUUUCAAAGAUGUGUAUGUGCCUAGCAUUAGCGUUUAAUAAACUCUACAAAGGGAAAUACUGUAGAAUUUAGAUCCUCACAGUUCAUACAGUUAAGUGAACUUUAGGAAGAUGAUGCUUUCUUACUAGAGAUGGAGAAUCUUUCUUGAUUGAAAAGAUAUAAAUAGGCAUGGCUAGGUGGAAAACUGGACACCAGUUCUACAAACUGCUAAAAUGAACUUUGCUUACAGAGGUGGAAAAAAUAUAUAGUCCAUUCCACUUGAGUAAAGAGUGAUAUUGUUAAA